GUGUGUGCGCGCGCAUGCGUGUCUUUAGGGUAUAAAGCAUUGCAUCAGGAAAACCUCACAUACUGUAACUUCCUUUCCGCUAAGAGAGUGUGCAACAUCACUGGCGGCGCUGGCCUUCCCAAUCAUGGAUUACUUCUCCUAUUCGGAUGAUUUCCUUCGGGAUUUCAACUUCAGCAACACUUUGGACUACAAUUUCACGUUUCCCGACUUACCCGACUCAAUGAUACCCGAGAUUCAACCCAUCCAGAUCGUGGCCCUGACCUGCUACGCCAUCGUGGUUCUGUUGGGGGUUCCUGGAAACGCCAUCGUGGUGUGGGUGACCGGCUUCAACAUGCCCCCCUCAGUGACGUCCAUCUGGUUCCUCAACCUGGCGCUGGCUGACCUCCUGUGCUGCCUCUCGCUGCCUCUGCUCAUGGUGCCUCUGGUCCACGACGACCACUGGCACUUUGGCGCCCUGGCCUGCACGCUGGUCAAGGGCUUGUUCUACCUGGUGAUGUAUUGCAGCGUCCUGCAGCUGGUCUUCAUCAGUCUGGAUCGGUGCUUGCUGGUGGUCCGGCCCGUCUGGUGCCACAACCACAGGCGCCCCAGGUACGCCGUGAUCGGCUGCGUGGUGGUGUGGUGCCUGGCCCUCAUCGGGAGCAUCCCGCAGUUCGUCCACGCCCAGGAGGUGAAGCUGGGCGAGUACAAGCGAGAAUGCCUGUCGGUGUACAGCAUCUGGAGCGCCUGGACCUUCACCAUAUUCCGCUGCCUGUUUGGAUUCGUCCUGCCGCUCCUGGCCAUUGUCAUCUGCCACUGGGUGGUCUAUAAGAAAGCGGACAAUAAAAAGGCGCAUGGCAGUCCUCGCUCCAAGCGGACGCUGAGGAUCAUCGUCGCCGUGGUGCUCACCUUCUUCCUGUGCUGGCUCCCGCUGCACGUGGUAGACUUCUUCCACCUGGUAACCCACCGCAGCCCCUCGGUCUACCUGGCCCACGUUCUGACGCUGGGCCUGGCGUACUUCAACAGCUGCCUCAACCCGCUGCUUUACGUGUGUCUGGGCCGAAGCUUCAAAGACAGCAUGAACCGCUCACUGUGCAACAUCCUGCACUUGCUGGGCGAGGACCCCGGAUCCAGGAGCACCACGUCUACUCAUGAAACCAAGACCACCAGCUCCAAGGAGUCGACCAAUGUGUGAUGGCGAACAGACACUAACACACGGAUUAGUACACAGUUUUUUCCAUCCAUCCAUCCAUCCAUUUCUACCCCGUAUUCCCUUUGGGGUUGCGGGAGGCGCUGGUGCCUAUCUCAGCUACAAUGGGGCGUAUGGCGGGGUACACCCUGGACAAGUCGCCACCUCAUCGCAGGGCCAACACAGACAACAUUCACAUUCACACAAAAGGGCCAAUUUUUCCCCUUCCUUUUAAUAGACACACUGGGCCUUAUUCUACUCAAAUAUGUUGCUAACAAACUCUUAAUCCUUGUCUUAUUCAACUAUUUCCACCUGCUUUGUGAAGAACUACCUGUUCGAUUGCAACAGUGUCGCUAACGUUUACUUCAUUUCCUGUUGAUGUCCAGGCCCUGUAAAGCUCAAAAACCACAAGGGAAAUUGCAGACUCUUACCGCAACCUUUUUUUUAAUAGGUUGUUAUGACCAGAAAAUUAUUGAAUGACAAAACACAGUUUGAGAUGGGGAUAUUUUUUUGCUAUGUUAUCUGUCCCGUCUUAAAGAAUCCUGUUUUUUUCAAUAUUAUAUAGGCUGCAAUUGUUGCUAUUUUAUUUUCUCAAUUUUGUAUUGUGUUGUUAUGAUGGCUUUUACCAUUUUUCUUUUGCGGUCGGUCCCCUCUUAAAGAAUCCUGUUUUGCUCAAUAUUAUAUAGGAUGCAAUUGUUGCUAUUUGAUAUUCUCAAUUUGUUUUAUUUUUGUUGCGCUAUGAUGGCUUUUACCAUUUUUUGGCAGUAUGUGCCCUCUUAAAGAAUCCUGUUUUUUCCAAUAUUAAAUAGGAGGCUAUUGUUGCUAUUUUCUCAAUUUUGUAUUGUUUUGUUAUGAUGGCUUUUACUAUUUUUUUUGCGGUCUUUGCCCUCUUCAAGAAUCCUGUUCUUUUCAAUAUUAUAUAGGAUGCAAUUGUUGCUAUUUUAUUUUCUCAACUUUAUAUUGUUGUUGUAUUGUUAUGAUGGCCUUUAUCAUGUUUUUGCGGUCGUUUCCCUCUUAAAGAAUCCUGUUUUUUUCAAUUUCAUAUAGGCUGCAAUUGUCGCUAUUUUAAUGUAUUUUCUAUUUUUUUUAUUGUUGUGUUGUUAUGAUGGCUUUUACAAUUUUUUUUGUGGUCCGUCCCCUCUUAAAGAAUCAUGUUUUGUUCAAUAUUGUAUAGGAUACAAAUGUUACUAUUUUAUAUUCUCAAUUUUUUAUUGUUGUUGCAUUGUGAUGAUGGCUUUUACCAUUUUUUGGGCGGUCUGUCCCCUCUUAAAGAAUCCUGUUUUUUUUCCAUAUUAUAUAGGAGGCAACUGUUGCUAUUUUAUUUUCUAAAUUUUGUAUUGUGUUAUGAUGGCUUUUACCAUUAUUUUUUGUGGUCUGUCCCCUCUUAAAGAAUCCUGUUUUGUUCAAUAUUAUAUAGGAUGCAAUUGUUGCUAUUUUUUUGUCAAUUUUGUAUUGUGUUGUUAUGAUGGCUUUUACCAUUUUUCUUUUGCUUCCCGUCCCCUCUUAAAGAAUCCUGUUUUGUUCAAUAUUAUAUAGGAUGCAAUUGUUGCUAUUUUAUUUUCUCAAUUUUGUAUUGUCGUGUUAUGACUUUUACUGUUUCUUUUGCGGUCUGUGCCCUCUUAAAGAAUCCUGUUUUUUUUUUCUCAAUAUUAUAUAGGUUUCAAUUGUCGCUUUUUUAUUUUCUCGAUUUUUUAUUGUUGUUUUGUUGUUAUGAUGGCUUUUACCAUUUUUUGGGCGGUCUGUCCCUUCUUAAAGAAUCCUGUUUUCAAUAUUAUAUAGGAUGCAAUUGUUGCUAUUUUAUUUUAUUUUCUCAAUUUUGUAUUGUUGUUGUGUUGUUAGGAUGGCUUUUACCAUUUUUUUUGUGGUCUGUGCCUUCUUAAAGAAUCCAGUUUUUUUCAAUAUUAUAUAGGAUGCAAUUGUUGCUAUUUUAUUUUCUCAAUUUUAUAUUGUUGUUGUAUUGUAAUGAUGGCUUUUACCAUUUUUUUGGCGGUCUGUCCCCUCUUAAAGAUUCCUGUUUUCAAUAUUGUAUAGGAUGCAAUUGUCGCCCUUUUGUUUUACUUUCUCAAUUUUGUAUUGUUGUGUUAUGAUGGCUUUUACCAUUUUUUUGGCGGUCCGCCCCCUCUUAAAGAAUCCGGUUGUUUUCAAUAUUAGAAAGGAUGCAAUUGUUGCUAUUUUAUUUUAUUUUCUCAAUUUUGUAUUGUUGUUGUGUUGUUAGGAUGGCCUUUUACACAUUUUUUUGCGGUCUGUGCCCUCUUAAAGCAACCUGUUUUGUUCAAUAUUAUAUAGAAUGCAAUUGUUGCUAUUUUAUUUUGUCAAUUUUGUAUUGUUGUGUUAUGAUGGCUUUUACCCUUUUUCUUUUGCGGUCUGUGCCCUCUUAAAGAAUCCUGUUUUGUUCAAUAUUAUAUAGGAUGCAAUUGUUGCUAUUUUAUUUUCCCAAUUUUGUAUUGUCGUUGUGUUAUGACUUUUACAAUUUUUUUUUUUAAGUCUGUGCCCUCUUCAAGAAUCCAGUUUUUUUUCAACAUUAUAUAGGUUGCAAUUGUCGCUUUUUUAUUUUAUUUUCUCAAUUUUGUAUUGUUGUGUUGUUAGGAUGGCUUUUACAAUUUUUUUGUGGUAUGUGCCCUCUUAAAGAAUCCUGUUUUUUUCAAUAUUAUAUAGGAUGCAAUUGUUGCUAUUUUAUUUUCUCAAUUUUAUAUAGUUGUAUUAUGAUGGCUUUUACCAUUUUUUGGCAGUCUGUCCCCUUUUAAAGAAUCCUGUUGUUUUCAAUAUUAUAUAGGAUGCAAUUGUCGCCAUUUUAUUUUAUUUUCUCAAUUUUGUAUUGUUGUGUUAUGAUGGCGUUUACCUUUUUUUUUUUUGUGGUCUGUCCCCUCUUAAUGUAUCCUGUUUUCAAUAUUAUAUAGGAUGCAAUUGUUGCUAUUUUAUUUUAUGUUCUCAAUGUGUAUUGUGUUGUUAUGAUGGCUUUUACCAUUUUCUUUGGCGGUCUUCCCCCUCUUAAAGAAUCCGGUUGUUUUCAAUAUUAGAAAGAAUGCAAUUGUUGCUAUUUUAUUUUAUUUUCUCAAUUUUGUAUUGUUGUGUUAGGAUGGCUUUUACAAUUUUUUUUUGCAGUCUGUGCCCUCUUAAAGAAUCCUGUUUUGUUCAAUAUUAUAUAGAAUGCAAUUGUUGCUAUUUUAUUUUGUCAAUUUUGUAUUGUGUUGUGGUUAUGAUGGCUUUUACCCUUUUUCUUUUGCGGUCUGUGCCCUCUUAAAGAAUCCUGUGUUGUUCAAUAUUAUAUAGGAUGCAAUUGUUGCUAUUUUAUUUUUCCAAUUUUGUAUUGUCGUAUGAUGACUUUUACAAUUUUUUUAAAAGUCUGUACCCUCUUAGAGAAUCCUGUUUUUUUUAAAUAUUACAUAGGUUGCAAUUGUCGCUUUUUUAUUUUAUUUUCUCAAUUUUGUAUUGUUGUUGUGUUGUUAGGAUGGCUUUUACCAUUUUUUUGUGGUAUGUGCCCUCUUAAAGAAUCCUGUUUUUUUCAAUAUUAUAUAGGAUGCAAUUGUUGCUAUUUUAUUUUUCUCAAUUUUAUAUAGUUGUAUUGUUAUGAUGGCUUUUACCAUUUUUUGGCAGUCUGUCCCCUUUUAAAGAAUCCUGUUGUUUUCAAUAUUAUAUAGGAUGCAAUUGUCGCCAUUUUAUUCUAUUUUCUCAAUUUUGUAUUGUUGUGUUGGUAGGAUGGCUUUUACAAUUUUUUUUGCAGUCUGUGCCCUCUUAAAGAAUCCUGUUUUUUUUCAAUUUUAUAUAGGUUGUAAUUGUCGCUAUUUUAUUUUCAACAUUUUGUAUUGUUGUGUUGUUAUGAUGGCUUUUACUACUUUUUUUGCGGCCUGUCCCCUCUUAAAGAAUCCUGUUUUGUUCAAUAUUAUAUAGGAUGCAAUUGUUGCUAUUUUAUUUUCUCAAUUUUUUUAUUGUUGUUGUGUUGUUAUGAUGGCGUUUAACAUUUUAGGCGGUCUGUCCAGACUUAAAGAAUCCUGUUGUUUUCAUCAUAUAGGAUGCAAAUUGUCGCCAUUUCAUUUUAUUUUCCCACAUUUUUUAUUGUUGUGUUAUGAUGGCUUUUACCAUUUUUUUUUGCUGUCUCUCCCCUCUUGAAGAAUGAUGUCGCUGUCAAGGUUACAUAGGAUGCCAUUGCUGCGGUCUCCUGUUGUUUUUUUAGCUUGUUACUCUUCUAUAUCCCGUCUUAACAAAUGAUGCUGUCGCUGUAACAUUAUUGCAUCAGUUGAUGUUAUUGCUUGUUAUCAUAGUCUUUUUUUUUAGCAAUGUUCUGAUAUAUCCCCUUAUAAAGAAUCAGGUUUUUUUUCAAUGCCCUAUAUUUGCCUUGUUCUUUAUUUUCUCUGUAUUUCAAUGUUGUUGCCUUGUUUUCACCAUUUCUUUGUACCUGCCCUCUCUCAAAGAAUGAUGUAAUGUUGCAUAAAAUGCCAUUGCUGUUGUCUUUUUUGUUGUUCUUUUGGUCUGUUCUCCAUUUCCCCUUUCUGUCCCUUCCUAAGGACAUAUGUUACAGUCAUUGUCGUAUAGGAUCCUGUAACUGCUUUAGCUGUUUUUGUUCCUAUGUUCUAAUCCAUCCCUUCUUUAAAAAAUAUAUUGUAAAUAUUUAAAGGUUUAACUUCUUCAGGCCCAAGCUGUUAGUUUACAUGCUUUUUAUUUCUCUUUGCUAUUUGGGCUUAUUGGACCCUAAUUAGAAUAACAACUAAAAAUCAUCUUUUGAUAUGAUGUACUUAGUCCAUAAGUACACAAACGUGUACUUCAUGUGUAGUGACACGCUAAUUUUAAUUUUUACCUAUUUUCCCCCAAAUCCCAUUGUAUGUUAUAAUCUUCUGACACCACCAGAUAGCAGUAUAAGGGAUGCUACCUCAGUAGAAGCAUUUGGGUCUCACAUUAAAACUCAUCUGUAUACUCUAGCCUUUAAAUAGACCUCCUUUUUAGACCAGUUGAUCUGCCGCUUCUUUUCUUUCUCCUAUGUCCCCCCCUCCCUUGUGGAGGGGGUCCGGUCCGAUGACCAUGGAUGAAGUACUGGCUGUCCAGAGUCGAGACCCAGGAUGGACCGCUCGCCUGUAUCGAUUGGGGACAUCUCUACACUGCUGAUCCGCCUCCGCUUGAGAUGGUCUCCUGUGGAUAGGACUCUCGCUGCUGUCUUGGAUCCGCUUUGGACUGAACUCUCGCGGCUGUGUUGGAGCCACUAUGGAUUGAACUUUCGCAGCAUCAUGUUAGACCCGCUCGACAUCCAUUGCUUUCGGUCCCCUAGAGGGGGGGGGGGGGGUUGCCCACAUCUGAGGUCCUCUCCAAGGUUUCUCAAAGUCAGCAUUGUCACUGGCGUCCCACUGGAUGUGAAUUCUCCCUGCCCACUGGGUGUGAGUUUUCCUUGCCCUUUUGUGGGUUCUUCCGAGGAUGUUAUAGUCGUAAUGAUUUGUGCAGUCCUUUGAGACGUUUGUGAUUUGGGGCUAUAUAAAUAAACAUUGAUUGAUUGAUUGAAGGGUCCAAAUGUCGGCAUAAGACCCCAAUUCAGUAGUGUACACACUUUUGUAAAUAAGAGCUAAAGGGUGCUGUCCACGCAUGUGGCCACUAAGGUCUUUAGAGGUUAAAUGUAAACGAUGGGAUUUUUGCAAAAUUUGGUUGCUUUUUCCUUAAAUUUCUUAUCUCUUAGUUUGUGUUGUUUAAUUUAGUUCAGUCUUCUUAUUUGUUUCUUCCUGUCUCUCUUAAGAAGUGAUGUAAAUGACAACGUUACACAGAAUAUCAUUACUGCUGUGGCUAUUUAUUUUCCUAUUGUUUAUUCUUGCCCUUUUCACUGUUUCCCUUUCUGUCCCCUCUUAAUGAUUUAUGUUAAUAUCAUACUGUAGGAUGCCAUUGAUGCUGUCAUUGCUUUGUCUGGUUUCUUUGCCGUAUUCUCAUCUGUUCCCUCUUAAAAGGUAUUGUUUUGACUGUUUCAAUGUUAAAAUGGGAAGGAUGGCAUAGUUUUUCUUUUCUCCCCAUUUUUGUUCAGUUUUCUCAUGUCUUUCUGUCAGUUCCCUUUUAAGAAAUGAUAUCACUGCUGCUGUCAGUGUUUCAUUUUGGUAUACUUUUGCGCACUUCUCUCUUUUUAAUUUCGGUCCCCUCUUAAGGACGUAUGUUACACUCAUUGUUUCCUAGGUUGCUGUUGACGCUAUAACUUUCUUUUGCUAUCUUUUAUUUUGCCUGUUUUCGCUCUGUCCCUAUUUUUUCUGGAGUCCCCUCUUAUUAAACGAUGUCACUGUCAACCUUACAUAAAGUGCCAUUGUGACUGUCUUCUGUUGGAGUUUUUUUGGAGUUCUUUGUAUGACCCCUCUUAAAACCUCUUAAGGCCAUAGUGGCCACAUGCGUGGACAGCAGCUUUUAGCUCUUAUUUACAAAGUUGUGUACACUACUGAAUUGGGGUCUUAUGCUGACAUAUGGACACUUAUACUGCUAUCUGGUGGUGUCAGAAGAGUAUAACAUACAAUGGAAUUUGCGAAAAAAAAGUGUAAAAAUAAAAAUUUGCAUGUCACUACAUAUGAAGUACACGUUUGUUACUUAUGGACAAAGUACAUCACAUAAAAAGAUAAUUUUUAGUGUUAUUCUAAUUAGGGUCCAAUAAGCCCAAAUAGCUAAGAGAAAUAAAAAAGCAUGUAAACAAACAGCUUGGGCCUUAAGAGGUUAAAAAAAGAUAUAUUUAUUUUGCUGCUAUCUUCUGUUGUUGUUGGACAUGAUUCACCAAAUAAUGAAUUGUAAAACUAUGUUGACAUACCAAGAGCAAAGUUGUUUUUAUUAAAAACUACAUUCAUCCCAAACAAGGCCACAUCAUGGAUAACCCAAGUAGUUACAUACAGUAUGUACAAGCGUGUUAUUUUGUGAGUCCCUGUCUCCUUAUUUGCGGUCACGCUCUUUGACUCCGCAGCCGUAAAAUGACCUCCAUAAUGAUGACUGACUGGCUCCGACGACAGCUGACAACAAUUUAAGCCAGUCAUUAUAGACGUAGAGCGGCUGCAGCGACGUGUUCUCACGAGAAUUUAGUUAGAAAGCUGACACAAAGUGAAGCUCUGUAGUACCUUCGAUUAUUUUCCUGUAACAUGAGU